GGCAACCCGCAGGUAAGCAAUGCGCAUGCGUGCAUAUUUUAUUUAGCAGCGUCCUUGGUCAUUCCGACAACACGCUUGUUUACAGUCAGGCAGUGGAUUUACAACUUGCAUCACAACUUGUUUAGAAUCAGCCGUUGGGAAGCUGUGGUUUAGUCACACAUACUACAAGUUUCGAGAUGAAAGCAGCACAAAGCAGUGGUGUACACCUGUCCCGAAGCAGACUGGUGGUUGUGGUUGUUGUAGUGGUCCUGCUGAUGGUUGGUACAGGACUUGCAGUGGGUCUGACAGUCAAGCAUACAGCUUCAACUUAUGGACAGGAUUAUCAGUCCCAAGCUAUAAGCCCCAGCCCCCUCGCCAUGACAGCUAACCGCACCAGCCCGCUCACCACCCAUGUGCUGGACACGUCGCUGGGCAGACCUGCCGCUGAGGUGCCCAUCAAACUGUACCGUACAGGCGAGCGGCUCGGAGAGGAGUGGAGCCAGGUUUCCUCAGGACAAACCAACUCGGAUGGCCGGUGUAACAAUCUGCUGAACACCCUGGAGGCAGGAGUCUACAAGAUAACCUUUGACACAGCAACGUAUUUCAACAAGAACGGCAUCAGGCAGUACUUCUAUCCCUACGUGGACAUUGUGUUUGAGGUGCAGGACCCCAACCAACACUACCACGUGCCCCUACUCCUGAAUCCGUUCGGAUACUCCACCUACAGGGGGUCCUAGGGUGACUCCAUCAUUCAACAUCACAAACUUCAUCUUAUGAUUGCUAAUCUGAUGACCAUAUUAAUGCCAUACCAAUUUUAUUUGCUGUAUCUGGGAUUUUUUCGGAAAAAAAUUGGUCGGGGAAAAAAAGUAAAAAAAAACGUUUGCAAAAAGUUAGGGGUAGGAGUGAUCGAGGGGCUUACUCAAGUUACAGUUAAGUCAGGGGGUCCCUGGUAGCAAUGUCCAAAGUUUGAAGAAAAAUUAUAAACGUACCAUCCAAAAUAGCCAAAACACAUACAGAUACUGGAAUUUGAGGCCCAUACUUAAUUUGAGAAUUGAGAGGCAGUGGAAUUUUGUCAACACGAGGUGUGGCUAUCAAUUUGAAUUUUUUUUUUUCAAAUCGGAAAAAAAUUGGGUCGGGAAAUCCGAGAAACAAGAAAUAAAACUGGUGUGGCCUUAUCUUAUAUCUCCAACAGAAUUGUUCUGGUGGCAAUUGCAAAAUCGUAACUGCCAGCCAAGACAUUGCCCUCCAACACAGUCUUGGUCAUUGUGUUACAAACCACUGUAAGAUCUGCUUGGAAACAUUGAUACUUCUUUUAAGGCUAGCUUCUUCAAAGGAUGUCAUCCAGAAGAAACCACAAAAUUAUGUAGAUUCCAGUAAUGUUUGGUUAAAAUUAUGUAGGAAAUAACAUUAUGUGAUAAAAAUGCCAUUGUUACAGAAUAUGAUCAUUAUGUUAUUGAUUAUUUGACAUCACUUGUAGUGAAGGAUUUUUAAAUGUAUGUAUUACUAAUUAUUGCUUCAAAGUUUGGCUAUUUGUAGGCCUCAUCAAGAGUAUGGUUAAAGGCAUUGGUGUGCUAAAUAAAAAGGCAUAUAAUACAAAAAUGAAUUAGGCAGAUUACUGUACUUAUGUCCAUUCAUUGGAUAUUAUGGCACAAAUGUAUCUGUACAUUACAGUAAUGCAAAAUGCAGCUUGUCUGUUGUACUUAUAAUGUCAAGUAUUAAACUGUUGUUCAUACCCUCACAAAA